UCAUCUCAUCUCGACUCCUUCCGGGGAGUCGCCAAUACCGUCGAUCUGGCUACAAGGCUAGACUCCCGCCGUUCUUUGCUCGGCGGUGACCCUAACUUCGCCGGCUUCGACCAAGAACUCGCCGCCCGCCAGUACGCUCAACAGUAUCAGCAACAAUACCAGCAGCAAUACAACCCCCCGCAAACUUCAAACAACCAAGGCUACGCUUUUCGCGAAGGUCUCGCUCCAUCCACAAUGAACGGAUCGCGCCCCAGCAGUGGUGCCAGUGGUCCCCUCGGCUUCGGCUUCAUGGGUGCCAAAUGGCCCAGAAUCUUUUUCCUCAUCACCCUCGUCCAGGCUCUGCUUUGCCUGGGCUUUGAGUGUUAUGUCUUCUGGAAAUUCCAGACUGGUUUGACCGACCAGGACCCUCACCAAAAUACAGAUACUACGGAUGCCACCGACUCGCCGAGAAGGACGAUCCCGACGUUCCUGACGCUCUUCAUCUUUGGAUUCUUGUACGAAUUGGUUAUCGUCUGGGAUGCGCUACGGGCAAAGAACACCAUUCAGGUUAUCGGAGUGUGCAUCGCCAAUCUCGCUUUACUCGUCUACACUGCCAUCCAGGUCGAACAGAUUGAGGAGGCUGUGCAACAGCUGAAGGACAACAAUGCCCUGAGGGACCCGACCGACGACAUGUGGGCCGACGUCAAGCCUUACCUCGUUGCAAGCCCCUGCGUCUUGGCUUUUGGUACCAUCACCAUGGCCUUGACCGCCUGGAAGCUUUACCAAGUUUUUGCUUGGGACAUUCUGAAGACUAUAGGAGCCGACUACAGAAUGAAGAAGCGUUUCCUCCACUACCAGAUUUAUAUCGCACUCCUGAAGUUCGAUUUCUUCUUCUUCCUCGGUUUCACGGUUCAGUUCUUGGUUAUUGUUAACGCCCGCACCGACGCCGAAUUUGGAUUGACCAUUGCUGCGAUUCCGAUUACCAUCGCCAUUUUGCUUUUGGCUGCAUGGUUUACCAGAAUCGAGAAUAAGGUUGGCAUGGCCACUGUUCUCGUCCUCUACUUUGGCGGCUUGAGCUACUUCAUCUUCAAGCUCGUCCGUAUCUACCAACCACACACAGCCGAGCAGUACAUGCCAGUGCGCAAGUCACUCACUGCCUUCACCGUCAUCACCAUUCUCCUUAUUAUUUGCACCAUUGCCAACUGCGUGGUCUGCAUGCGCAACUUCGGAGCCGGCUUGAAGACCCACCUGCGGAAGCCGUCACGCGAUCUCGAGAAGAGCCAGGACCUCAACUCGAUCAACCUCCAGGAUGUCAAGCCGCAAAUUGCGAGCAGAAUGACGAUUGAUUAA